AUGAACGCGUUUUUGACCUGGCUGCUGGUGACGGGCGCCGGCUCUUCGGAUGUCUCUGUGAACUUCUCUGAAGUGAUCCGGACUUCGCGUACUCUGACCACACUACAGGUGGUCUCUAACCCCAUCUUGGACCGCACCUUCGUUGCGCCUAACGGCACGAGCUUCGCGAAUCCGAUUCACGAUGCUGCCUGGGCCUCUUUGAAGGCUUUGCAGGCCGACUUGGUGCGCUUCGUGCCUUGGUUUCCUUAUCCCAAGAAGAGUGUGGCAGAGCUGGAUGCCCCCACUCAAGGCAAAACAUCCUGGGACUUUACGAACAUCAUGCCGCAGCUGGAAGACUUUAUGGAUGCGGUCUAUGGGCAGAAUCAUACUGUAGUUCUUAAUUUUGCAACGCAGCCCUGCUGGCUUUUCGGGGAUGCCAAGAAUCAAACACAAAACUGUUCGUACCCAUCAAACCCGGACGAGUCCUUCUUCGGAUACGUGCGUGGCGACAGGCGGAAUCUCCUUGAUCCAACUGGCAAGACCAUGGCUGCGUACUUCGGACGUCUUCUGUCAUAUCUUGUGACAGGUGAGUUCGUAGACGAGACUGGGAUCAGGCACACGGGGGGCCCUGCCUACACUCGCUUCAACCGCCAAAACGGCCAUGUCUGGGAGUUAUUCAACGAGGGUGAGCAUGGCUACACCGCUUCUGAAUAUAUUCAUGACUAUGAUGUGAUCGUGCCUGAGAUGAUCAGAGCCGUUGGCUGGGACCAUGCCCCGGCCUUCAUGGGACUUGGUGGUGUCUCUACAGAUUGGGUCCCACCAUUCUUGAAUCGUAGCAACCACAGCUCACCUGUUCCCCCGAUUGACUACAUCUCGGUGCACCACUAUGCAUCCUGCUCCAAUCGUACAGAUCCUUCUACUUAUUCCUCUGGCUUCUUUGGUGAUUUCGCAGCAUGGAUGAAGACUUUCAAAGAGACCGUGCUGGUAAUGCGUAGUUCGUCGUCGUUCCCUGAUGUCAAGCUUGAUUUGGACGAGCUCGGAGUCAUCAUGCCGGGCGACAACGAUCCAUCCCGGGGCCUCGACGCGGACCUUCCUGACAUCUACUGGAACGCCGCGGGGGCCGCCUACGCCUUCGUCUUUGCAACUUUGGCUCCCCUGGGUGUUGAAGUGCUGGGUCAGUCACAGCUGGCGGGAAGCCCGAAGAUCCCGGAGUGGGGGAUUCCUCUGCCGCAGUAUCCCAGUGUCAGCUUGCUAGACUGGCGAACGGGUCUGGGCAACGCUAGGUACUGGGUCCUGAAGCUCUUGAUCGAAGAGUUUGCACCCGGAGAUAAGCUGGUGUCGACGGAUUGCCAGUCCUCUGACGAUGCUCCAGGGCCGUUGAGUUGCAUGGGAGCCGUUGCAAAGGAUGGGUCCCAAAAGCUUCUGAUCGUGAACCACUUGAACGGUGUUCAGACGUUGAGGCUGAGCGGCUUCAAAGCCGGCAGUGUGGCAUUGAGAAUUGUUGAUCCCAAGUCUGUACAGGUGGCAAGUUCCAACGGCAUCCGUAACUCUACCAAGGAUGUCAGCCAGCCUUUUAGUUUAGAUGCCUUUGCAGUGGUGGUUGCAUCUCGUGGCCCCUCUGUAUCGGCGGUCUUUGUCUAG